AUGACACCUUCAACACGAAGCUCAGCAGUCAAGUAUGGCCACAUUGACCUUGGUUCGGAAUUCUUCUUCGAAAACAUGGAUCAGGAUUCGGACGUCGAGAUGACGAUAGAGGAGGACGACCUUAUCACUACGAACGUACCCCCGAUGGAUCAUGGCCAUCUAAGUAACCUCUACGAGGACCGUAUGAUUAUCGCUAUCGACUUCGGUACAACAUUCAGCUCUGUUGCAUACACCGUUAUACCGAGAGGCGUCUCACCAGAAAACGUGGACAUCAGCCAUGUGAGAUGCAUUGGCAACUACCCAGGCUACGAACCCCCACCUGGUAAACUAGAUUUUCGAGAAGAUGUGCCAACUGAGUUGUGGUACGAUCAUGGACGCACAGGAAGGGGUGAACAGCGAUUUGCCAACACAUCCGACGAUGACCAUCAAAGCUGCGUGAGCGAUGACGAAGUGUCAAGCAGCGACGAUGAUGAAUCCGAGGAUGAGGAGUCACGAUUGCAAUUCGAGGAUAGCAAUGGAGUCGAGGACCUUGCCAAAACACAGACUAGAUCCACAGCACCGAGCAAAGCAAAGCAAUACUGGGGUUACGAGGUCCAGCAAAAGCUCAACGUCAUGAAUGCCCCUCUUGAUGAGGCUCGGCCACUCACCAGAAUCAAACUCAACCUUGUUUCGAAAAGCGCGACUGAUCACAUUCGGGACGAACUCCGGUCCACUCUGACAGCACUGAGAAAACGGGGUAUCAUCGAUAAGGACACAGAUAUUUACAGGCAUUAUCUGACGCACCUGCUAAACCACACAAAGGAACAACUACUUUCUUCGCAUGAGCUCCAACAGAACAUGCUUAUUGAGUUUGUGUUGUGUGUGCCAGCUAAAUGGCCUGUCACUGCAUGUCGAGUUAUGCAGACGGCACUAGAGGAGGCUGUAAAGGAAGUCGGUCUCAGCAAAAAUGCCGAGGACGACGUUUGUAACUUGUUCAUGAUCUCGGAGCCAGAGGCUGCUGCUGAGUGUAUCCUUGCAGAGGCGGGAUGUAAACUCUAUAGCAAUGAGACAGCUGUGAUCCUCGAUGCGGGAGGAGGCACAGUGGAUGCUGUGACGUACAGAUGCGUGAACAGCGAUCCUGUGCGGUUGGCUGAGGAGGUCAUUGCCCCCGAUAGUCAGUUACUUGGGGCAAGCUUCAUCAAUGAACGAUUUGAGCAAAAACUACUCCAGAAGCUCGCGAACGAGAAAUACCUGAUCGAUGACGUACACAAUCCGAAGACAUUAAGAAGCAUUGUGGGAAUCAGAACGACUAUCUUCGAGAAUUAUCAAAAGCGGAUCAUCGAUAUCACAAAGCGAAAAGAAGAAACAUACAUAGUACAUAUCGAGAAUCUCAGAGAGAAUCAGAAAAAAGGCUUCUACCAAAACAACCUAGAACUGAAGAGGAAAACAAUGAAGAAGUUCUUCCAGCCAUCGCUAGACUGCGCGAAAGAAGUUCUGGAGAACCAACUGGAGCUUGCAGAGAACAAGAAUCGACAAGUCGAGAAGGGUGAAAGGGUGGAGAACAUGCAAGCCUUCACUUUCCACGUCAAGCAUACCUUUCCCUUGACAAGAAAGAAGUUGUUGAGCGCUGAACAGCUUUGGAUGUGUGACGAACCGAGACCAGAUCAUUACAGAAAAACGAACAUUAAGAACAAAGGUGACGUCGACUCGCAAUGCGCAUACCAAGCUAACAUCGGGGCAGGAGCUGUCAUGGUCGGCUUUCUCCAGACCGAUUUGACAAGAUUGAAAGAUGAAGGUCGUAUUGUGCCGCAGUACCCAUCUGAGGCUAGCAUACACAAAGGAUCUAAGAGAUGCUUCUGGGAAGUCGAUUACGAAGUUGCGUUGAUCGUCGAAGGAAGAAGUAUCCGCUUCGAGGCAAGGUAUCCUGUGAAGGGUGCCUUGGGCCCAGGAGAACAACAGGAAGUACUUGGGGCUAAGCUCGUUGGUAUAGCAGCAGCGUUUGCACCAGGUACCGCAUGA